AUGGACCAAGAGUCUCUAGAGAGUGUCCGUCUCGCGGCCAAGAGCACCCUAGCCAAGACAGAUAAGAUUAACAUCCUGAUCAAUAAUGCUGGAAUCAUGGCCGUCCAGACCCUCCAGUUUACUAAAGACGGCCACGAGCUGCAGUUCGGUACCAAUCACUUAUCUCAUUUCUUAUUCUUUGAGCUACUUAAGCCAGCUCUGCUAGUAGCUAUUACGCCUAACUUUCACAGCCGUGCUAUUAUCGUAGCUUCUACCGCAUACUUAAGAAAUGGCAUUAAUACUCCGGAUAACUAUAACUUCGAAAAGGGCAGAUAUACUCCCUGGGGAGUGUAUACACAGUCUAAAGCUGCCAAUAUCUAUAUGGCUAACGAACUGGAGCGGUAA